AUGGACCUUCUGGGCGACAUUGUCGAGCACGACACCGCCACAGAGCCCCAGGCGCCUGGUCCCGCGAUGUCUGGGCCCGCCACGGGAGCAGAUCCACCUCGAAAACAUCGAGCGGCUGAGCAGAAUGUCGGAGGAGGAGCGCGAGCAGGCAAAGGAGGAACUGGUCAACACGCUGGACCCGAAAAUCCUGCAGAUGCUGCUGAAAAGAGCAGAACGAGACAGCGACAGCGACACGGCCGCGAGCCCGAGCCUGAAACCCGCGCUGCGCAGGGACAGCGUCUCGUCGGCGGACAAGAAGGUGCGGUUCAACAACGAGGCGUCGGUCAAGUACGUCAAGCCGUCGUCGCCGCUGGCGAUGCCGAAGUCGAGCAAGGAGGACGAGGAGUGGGAGGACAUCGAGUACCUGGACGACGCGGGGCCGAGCUUCGAGGAGGCGCGGCGGCUGAAGCAGGCGUCGGUGCAUUUUCCAAGGCCGACCGGCGAGAAGCUCGAGAAGCUCGACAUCAACGACCCGGACUUCAACGACAAGCUGCACGAGAAGUUCUUCCCGGACCUGCCCAAGGACCCCAAGGCACUGGAGUGGAUGAGGCCGGCGCCGGAGACGCCGAAGCAGGUGACGUACAGCGCGGUUGCGGAGCUGCGGUUUGA